UUGUAACCCCCAGUUCCGAGUUCCGACUUUGAUAUGUCUAAGGCAACAGCGUUUCUCCUGUUUCAAUUUCACAUGACAUUUGAUCCUGUUGGCCUGCAUUUAACCCUCACCUCGGGGAUACUUACUGUGCAGCUGAGCAAAGGGUCGUUCACCCUUUGCAAACGUCCAGUGCAACAGUAUGAGCUACCAGGGUGGAGGUCAGAGCUACGGCGCCCCGUACGGGAGCAAGUCGGUGCAGACGCCGACGUACAUUUGCGGUGUGUUGACAUCAUCUUCCACCCCGUCCUCUUUCGUACUCGCCUCCAUCCGACUUGGCUAGCCUGCUCAUCGAAAGUAGAGAUUCGGCCGAAGGAGCCGAUCAGAUGCAAGGAGUGUGGCCAUCGCAUCGUCUACAAGCCACGAACGACAAAGAUGCUCCAUUUCGAGGCGCGGUGACAUUCUUGGUCACUUCCAGUCGACAGCAAGCUCAACGAAACAUCGGCCAAGAGGACUGCAUCCGCUUAGCCAAACCCCCGCCGACGUCCUCGCGAUCUCCAUUUGCAACCACCAUGGCUUGUUCUUGUAUU